UUUAUAUUAAGUAGAAUCACAUAUGUGUUAAGUGUAUACAGAUAUAUUAUAGUAUAGAUAUAGUACAUAUAAAGUAAAAUCACAAUGAAAGAUGGCAUAGAGUUUGUUGCUCUGUAAUGCUUCACUGUGACAAUGCAAAUGAAGCUUACUUUGGGACAGGAACCAAGCUGACAGUUUUAGAAAAAGGCAUAGACAUCACAGCACCAAAAGUUGUAGUUGUUCCCCCGUCCGACAAUGAGCAGCCCAGGAGCAGUGGGGAAACUAAAGCUAAGACAUUGGUCUGUGUGGCCAGUGACUUCUACCCUGAUCACGUGACCGUGUCCUGGCAGGUCAAUGGACAGCCCAGAAAUCAUGGCGUAUCUACUGACAGCGCCCCCCAGAGGAAAGGCACGAGUUACACCAUCAGCAGCUGCCUCAGGGUCGAUGCAACAGAGUGGACCAGCCCAGAAAACUGUUUCACCUGCAUUGUUAUGUUUUACGAUGGGAAAGAUUACAUCAAUCAACAUGAUACAGUUUGUGGCGUUGAAGGAAAAGAUGAUGGUGGCUUGACAAGAGAGAAAUACCUGAGGAUUACCCAUAAUGCCAAACUCUCAUAUGUGGUCUUCAUUGUCAAAAGUGUCGUCUAUGGGCUCUUUGUGGCUUUUCUGGCCUGGAGGAUUAAGCGUUUAAAUGGAAAACAAACCUGAGUCGAACAGAGAUUCAAGUUGACAUUUAUAGAAGUAUCAUCUCAUUAGUGCCCUUGUUCACAUGCACACCAAGAUCUGAUUCUGAUCUGAUUCAUGGAUCUAUAAGACAACAUAAAUUACAUAUAAACUGCAGAUUCUGAUGUGAGUCAUCAAAGGGACUAUGAUCAGAAAGAAAUCAGAUUAUCAUUUGAAUUACAAGUGUGCACAUAACUGCAGCUAGUGCACCAGGAUGGAUGCUUAGUGCUUAAUUUAGCAUAGAAUCAUUUGCUUGUGUAAAUACUGUUCUUGUUUAUUUCUGGCAUUUCUUAAACCUGUACAGCACUUUGCUGACUGUAUUUUCAAUGUGUUCUAUAAUAAACAUUG